AUGGCCGCCGAUCAAUGGAAGAGUGCCUUUCUCGCCGUGUGCCUCCAGAGUGACUUCCAGCCGCUGACAGAGCUGCUGUCACAAGAUCACAAGAGCAGUGGCAUCAACGAAGCCAGCAUCGACUGGGAGGGCGUGUUUCUGACUCCUUUGUUUGUCGCCUCUCUGCUACGGCUGGAAGAUCAGCUGCCCCAGCUGGUGGCAGCGGGAGCCGAUCCCAAUGUGCAGUGCUUCUACGCAGGCCUCUUCUGCUCGCCGCUUCACGGAGCGGCCUUGCGCGGGGACGUCGCGGUCGUGGAGGCGCUCUUGGCGGCAGGAGGCGACAUUUUCGCGGAGGCAGAGGCCUCCGCAGUGGAGGGCGAAGUGGAGACACUGGCGCAUACCCUGAUGGGCCUCCACGCGCUGCAUGUCUUGGUGGCCAAGGACAUCUACAGCGAGGAGGUCUACCGGCUCCUGAUGAGAAGAGGGCUGAGGCUCAGCUCCUGCUGCCUCCAAAGACGAGGUGGUGAAAUUCCUGGCUUACUUCUCCCAAGGCUGCUGGGCAACCAGCAUGCUACGGAGGAGCGCCUGGAUAGGCUUCUGGGCGAGGAGGUUCAGCUGAUCAUUCGUUCGGCCGGCCUCGCCCACGACCUCAACGAAUUCUUGGAGGUGGUGUCCGUCCUGCGGCGCGACCAUGAUGUGACAUACAGAUGUGCCAAUGACAUCGACUUCCCUAUCAGGGAGCCGGAGCCUGAAGGCUCUGAGAACGCAGGACGAGAAGAGGAGGCGCCCACGGCAUUGCUCUUCGCUGCGCAGGCGGGCCGUUGCGAGGCCGUUCGGCUGCUGCUCUAUGCCGGUGCCGAUGCUGCUCGAAGUAUGCGGCAAGUGCUGGCCAUGGACGACAGGCGAGUGAUGUUGCUACAAACCCAAGCCGUGCAACUGGCCGUCCUUCGCGGGGAUCUGGUCAUGGUCGAGCAGCUGCUGUUUUUCGACAUUAGCCCCGAUCUCACAUGUUCUGGUAAAGUCUUCUCCGGCCAGGACAAGGAGCUGUGCGAGGAGUGGACAGGUCUCAGCUUGCUUCACCUUGUGGUGCUGAGCCGAAGCUACGAUCUGGUGGAGCCCAUGAAACAGCUGGACUGCCGGCUCGAGGCAGUGGCAAAACAGCGCCUCCCCGACGGCACUGUCACAGAGGUCACGCCACUCCACCUGGCCGUGCUCAUGGAAGAUGCCAAGGGCUGCACGCGCUGCAUUGAUUGCGGCGCGGAGGUGACUGAAACCAUCCGCGAGGCUGCCCUGCAGCGGCGACCGCUUCGGGAGAUGUUCGGGGGUUCCUCGCCCAUCAGCCUCCAGGAUUGGGUGGAAGCCAUACUCAUGGGCCCGGAGACUUUGCAAGAGCUGCUAGAGCAGCGCACAGACCUGAACAAGGCCUUUGCCUGGCCGAUAUCAGGAGAGGAGGCCAAAGAGCUCUUGGAAGGCAAGGCCCUCUCCUCCUCGGCAACGACCGAGAGGCUGGUGGAGGCCUUUUGCAAUGGGCGGACAGCCUUUGAUGGCAUUCGCCCGGUGCACCUGGCAGUCGUCCUCGACCAACUCUGGGCUUUGCAGGCGUUGCUGAAGGCGGGCGCCAAGCUGGAGGGCUUCGUGACCGAGGCGCUCCUCGACCCCUUGGAGAAUCCCAACCUGCAGGGGCUGGAGAUGGACCUGGCGCUGCUGUGCGUGCGUGCUGCAUCCUUGGAGAUGCUGCGCGAGCUGCGCGACGAGGGGCUGUUGCCAGACGUGAACUAUGCUGCGCCCCUGACACCGGACAUGACGCCACCCUUCUUCCCUUGGCAGGUGGACGAGCGGACUUUGCCACAGCCCUUGUGGGCCUGGCAAGGCUUGGCUCCACUCCACCUGGCGCUGCUGCUGGGAAGGAGGGAUGUGGCUCUGCUGCUGGUGAGGCUCGGUGCCAACCUCCUGCAGACAGUGGACCACGUUGCCAUUGAGGCUCCUUGGCACUACUCCGUCACUGACAACUGCUUCAGAGGUCUGACGCCGUUGCACUUGUGCGCUUUGCUGGAUCAGAAGGCCAACGCUUCGGCGCUGCUGGGGGAAGCGAGCGGCAACGUGCCAUUUGUCUUCCCGGGUGAGAAGCGGCCACCGCAGAACAAGGAGAUGCUGGGUGCCGUGUGUCGCCAUGUGUGGGCAACCCUCGACUCCAACAAAGACUCGGAGAAGGAGGAGCCCUGGCUGUGGCGGGAUGUCACGCCCCUUCACCUCGCUUUCCUUUACAAGAGCUACGUGACAGCAGAGGCCCUCAUCGAGGCAACGAAUGGCAAUGUCAAAAAAAGCCCCAGAUGUCCAAGUCCACAACCACGAAAGCCGUAUGAAAGCCCUUCCUUUUAA